AUGUUGUAUGCAGAUAUAACUGGCAUAGAUACAAAGCCAAGAUAUUUAUAUAAUAUACAAGAUGAAACAAUCAACGACUCCAUGACUAUUGCUAUAAAAGACAUUAUGAAAGUAUUGGAAACAUUGAAUCAUCUUUCUACCAAGGAAUACAAAUCUAUUGAUGGUGAUGACGAAGAAGAAGUAGAAGACAUAGAGAAGAAUGUUGAAAUUAUUCGAUAUCCACAAAUUAAUUCAGAGUAUAAAAAUAUCCCGUGUAAUUUUAAAUGUUUCCUUCGACCUAAAAUAAAUAGUAGAGAAUACAGAAAAGUAUCUGAAACAGCUUUACAUUUACCAGAUAAAAAUAUCGCUAUUUUAGAUUGUUUUAAUUCAACUAUAUUUAAUCAAACUACUGAUAAUAAUAUAUUGAGUAGUAAAUGGAAUAAAUCAAUAACAAGUCAGUGUGUUACACAUUUCACCUCUCGUUUAUUACAUAUUGUUAUAGGAACCUUAUCAAAUGAAUCAGACAGCAACUUUUUCACAUUUACUUCUGAUCGAAUGAGUACUAUAAUAUAUAAUUAUAUUUUAAAUUAUAUUAAACCUAUAACUGAUCUUUAUCUUACACUAGCUUUACCAAUGUUUAGAUUGGAUAGAAAUGAUUUCAAUAAAUUAUCACCAUGGUUAAGAUAUAUUUCAUUAGAUGGUAAAAUGUUACGUCACUUAGAUGUUAUGCUUGUUGCAAAUUUAUCUUUAGAUUAUUUUAUUAUACAGGAUUGUGUAAGAAAAGAAGAGACAAUGAUUAAUCCACGUGAAUCUUCAUUACCAGAUUCAAGAAUUGAAUUAACCAGGAAUAAUGAUAAUAAUAAUAAUAAUAAUGAAAAUGAAUGUUUAGUUUAUUGGAGGUAUUCUUGUCCAAAUUAUCCAGAAUUUAUAUUGGUAGCUGAUUUAAAAGUUCAUGAACGACGAUGUCCAAUAAAUACAAAACACUUUUAUACAGUAUCAUUGAAGAAAACAUUAGAUAAUGAAAAAUAUUUUCAACAAGUACCUAUUAUGACUACACAAUCGAUAAAUAAUAAUAAUCUUCGUGCAAAACGAUCACCAAAACGUUCUAAAUCUAGGAUAUCAUCAUUUUCUACUUCAUACACAACAUUAUCAUCAUCAUCAUCACCUACUACUGAAGACAGAACUACUAAACUACCAUCUACCAUAUCAACACCUCAACUUACCAAACAGUUUACUUCUAUUUCACCACAAAAUCAAACAUUAACUGAAUCAUGUGCUUCAAUGAGUAAGUUCAUAACCGUAUUAGAAGGCUACUUAAGUAGACAAAGUGAUAAUGACUGUGAACAGAAGUUGGUUUGGCUGAGAAAUACAAUAACAGUUCUGGUUGCUAUCUUACUUCUAAUGACUAUGAUUCUUUUAGCAGCAUUAAUUAUUCUGAGUUAUUUUAUUAGACAAUAUACAAUAUUACAACGUGAGAAUAAAAUGAGAUGA